AAUUCUUUCUAAUAUUCAUCACAUCAAUGGGUAAUCGAAGCUGAUCAUCGUCCUCGACGUUGUAAAGAAAGCUUCAAGCAUACAUAUUCUUUUCCAUAAAGCUUACGACGGCGACGGCGAUGACGAAGGAAAAUAUUCUCCCGCGAGUCCUUCUCCUCCUCCUCACAAUUCUUGUACCUUUCCGAGCAACCUUUGCCGACCCGCGGAUAGCCACCGUGGCAAUGAUAUGCGGGCCGCCGGGCGCAAACGCCACCCUUUACGUCCCCAACUUCGUCGGAAGUAUGGAAAACAUAACCACGAAGAUCCGAACAUUCGGCUACAGCACAGCCGUAACCGGCACCGGACCGACUAUAAAUUUUGCCUUAUCGCAAUGCUACCGUGAUCUCUCCUCUACGGAUUGCAUGCUCUGCUACGCGCAGCUGCGCACCGUUUUGCCUCAGUGUUUCCCGAGCAUCGGGGGAAGGCUUUUUCUCGACGGGUGCUACCUAAGGGCUGAGAUCCAUGAAUUCUUCGGUCAAUAUGUUGGUCCGAGUGAUCGGGCAGUUUGUGGUAAUCGAACACGUAGGGGUGACUCCGGAUUUAGGGUUGCGGUCCGGCAGGCUUUGUCGCGAGCAAUUGUUGUGGCGGCGAGUAAUGAUGGGUAUGCUCGGGUGGAGGAGAGGAUCGCGCCGUUUCAUAAUGAAUCGGUUUUUGUUUCGGCCGACUGCUGGAGGACGGUGAAUGCGAGUUCUUGCCGGAUUUGUUUGGAGAAUGCGUAUGCUUCGCUGUCGGGAUGCUUGCCGUGGUCGGAAGGCAAGGCUGUCAAUACGGGAUGCUUUGUUCGAUACUCGGACUUCGAUUUCCUUAAUCCUGUUCCCGGAAAAGGGAGUUCAAGAGGAACAGUGAUAAUUAUUACCAGCGUCCUCGUGGGUGCUGCAACUGUUUUACUCAUUGGAGCAGUCAUCGGACGUUAUCUCUGGAAGCAACGAGUGAUUCAAAAGAAACGAAAAGGUUCGGGUGACACUAAGAAAUUAGUGAAAACACUAACAAAAAGUGGCUUAAACUUCAAAUACUCGGCACUUGAGGUCGCAACCUCUAAAUUUGAUGAGGCCAAGAAGCUCGGACAAGGCGGAUUCGGCACGGUGUAUAAGGGAGUUUUGGCGGACGGACGAGAGAUAGCCGUGAAGAGGCUAUUCUUCAACAACAAACAUAGGAUUGUAGAUUUCUACAAUGAAGUUAAAAUCGUUAGCAGUGUCGAGCACAAAAAUCUCCUACGUCUCCUCGGCUGCAGCUGUUCAGGACCCGAAAGCUUAUUGGUUUACGAGUUUUUGCCCAACAAAAGCCUUGACUACUUUAUUUUUGAUGCUACCAAAGGGAAGGAACUGAAUUGGGAAAAAAGAUUUGAAAUAAUAAUAGGGACAACAGAAGGACUGAUCUACCUCCACGAGAAUACGAGAGCUCGAAUCAUUCACCGCGAUAUAAAGGCAAGUAAUAUUCUCUUGGACUCAAGAUUCCAGCCAAAAAUUGCUGAUUUCGGGCUCGCGAGGUCGUUCCAAGACGAUAAAAGUCAUAUAAGCACCGCCAUCGCAGGAACAUUAGGAUACAUGGCACCCGAAUACUUUACCCACGGGCAGUUGACAGAGAAAGCCGACGUGUAUAGCUUCGGGGUUCUUGUUCUGGAAAUCAUUUCUGGGAGAAAGAAUAACCAAAGCGAUCACGAAGAGCAUAGAGACACUUUGAUAACCAUUGUGUGGAAGCAUUUCCAGCUAAGGACAGUUGAGGAAAUCAUCGACCCAAACUUGAUCGCGAAUAACUACCAAAGGAACAACAACAUUAAAGAUGAGAUUGUACGAGCCGUUCAUGUGGGGUUGUUGUGCACACAAGAAGUCUCUUCGCGGCGGCCAUCCAUGUCGAGGGUGCUACAAAUGCUCGUGAAUAAAGAAGAAGAUCUUCCGGUGCCGUCAAAUCCCCCAUUUUUGAAUGAAAAUACAAUGGAGCUUCAUGGUGUGGCUGAGAAUAAUGGAUCGUCGGAUGUUGCUUGGAUUGCAAGCAUUUCGGGGAGUACAUUCUCUCCCAGAUGA